AAUGCAUACAACUUCCUCAUUUCAGCAAGUUUCUGGAGAAUUUACAGUUAACAUACAUCUACAGAUUGCUGCAUGGGUUUAUAUUAAUUGGAAAUUACGUGAAACUUUCGUCUUACAGUUUUAUGAGCAGCGACUGUUCGCAUCGUAAUAGGGUGACAGUCUGACGGUUAAAAGGAUCAUACAGGAGAGAAACCUUUCAAUGAAAGUUUUACCAUAAAUCCUCAAACUGCUAACUAUUUAUUUCUAAGAAACUUGUUGGCGCGCAUUUUCCACAUCGAAGGCGAAUUCACAGUUAAUUUCAAAAAAGGCAAGGAAUACCUUCCUUUGACUUCGGACUGGGAUUUAGAUGGUGCCAUAGCCGAAGCUUCUAAACCUUAUCUGUCGCUUGCGAUUGAGCUACAACCUAUAGACAAAGCCUAUGAUGAAUGGGAUAUUAUCUGUCCUGUUGAUAUUCCUUUUGCUGAACAACAUAUUACCCGCUGUUCUGAAGAAAGGAAAAGUUUAGCUGGUUCUAUUAUCAGUCAGGUGGAAAUAGCUAUGUUGAAAGUGCAGAGAGCUUUCAGUUUUGAGUCGUACAGCGACGAGCGGGAAAGGCCCCCUCUGGACGAAAUAGGGUACAAUAGUCUCUUAGAUCAAGAAGGACGAGUCGUAAAUCAUCGAGAACUGCACAUGGCUGUCUAUAAAGGUGGGGUCGAACCAGCUAUGCGACCCACGGUCUGGAAACAUUUACUUAAUGUUUUUCCACACGGUAUGACUUUGGAAGAAAGAAACAGUUACUUAAAUUCCAAAUCGGAAGAAUACUACAGACUGAGAUACCGUUGGCAGCAUUUAAUUCAAUCUGGUACCGUACCAGAUGUCUUACAAGAUAUUACGAACUUGGUGCGAAAGGACGUCAGAAGGACUGAUCGCACAGAAAAAUUUUAUUCCGGUUCUGAUGACAACGAGAAUGUGCGAGCACUUUUCAACAUACUUACAACUUAUGCUGUCAAUCAUCCGAGUGUGUCAUACUGCCAAGGUAUGAGUGAUUUAUUGUCUCCCAUUCUAUAUGUCAUGAAGAAAGAGUCGCAUGCAUAUAUUUGCUUUUGCGGUCUCAUGAAGAGAGCACAAACGAACUUCAAGUUAGAUGGGCGUUCUAUGAAGAUAAAAUUCCGUCAUCUACAAAAGAUGCUUAAGUUUUAUGACAGAGAACUUUACUGUUACAUGAAAGAACAAGGUGCUUUAGAUUUAUUAUUUUGCUAUCGGUGGAUUUUAUUAGAUCUGAAGCGAGAAUUUCCCUAUAACGAAAUGUUGAGUAUGAUGGAAGUGCUAUGGGGAUCACUACCUCCCAAACCACCGCAUAAAGAACUCGAUUUGUAUGAAGUAAAAUUUCCAACCGCUGCUAUUUGCAAUUCUCUUAAAGAAAGAACGAACUCUUUAGAUUAUUUCAGAUUCUGUGAAGAUCAUUUUGGUAAUUCGCAUGAUACAAGUUCUCUUUCCCACUCUACAUCGAACACUGCCACAUCUCAGGCUUUAAAGAAAUGGGCCUUGCGCGUAAGACGGGAAUCCAUCGCCAGAAACAUUGAAUCGCACGAAAGCUCUAGUGAGGAAGAAAUAAAGCUGCCUCUUCAUUACAGGAAACGAAAGUUUCGUUCGUAUAUAACAGGCAAAUUAGGCAGACUCAAUAAUAACAGACAAAUUCCAGCACCAGAAUGGCCUGUCAGAUCGUGCAGAGUCCCAAAAAGAAGAAACUCUCUUGUACCAGAGAUUUGCCAAAGUUGGUCAUGUGGUGAAGUUUUCGAAGAAAAACCAGAAAUAACUGACGCACUUUACGAUGCUAGAGAUUUCUUGCGUAAUCAGUGGUGCUAUUCGAAUACUGUGAACGAAAUCCAACUCAAUAAUUGGUUAAACGGCCGGCAUUUUGGUAUUAAAGAGUGUGCAGUAGGUAGCAAAGAUGAUGAUUCUAUAAUUAGUGAAAGUAAUAGUCGCCAACGACAUGGAAGCAGUGAUUCCAACUACAGCACUAUUUCCGAAGAGUUUUCGGAUGCUGAAGAUGAAAAUUUGGAGAAAGAUACUUCACCAAGAACACAACGGAGUAGAAGUGAAGGUUACAGUUCGGAUAUUGAUUCAAAAGAAGCAUCUACGCUGGCUGAUGAUGACGAUUAUGACUCUGAAGAAGAUGAGUUUGAAGAUUAUUCUGACGAUGAAUUUAUAGAUUCUAUGGACGGCAGACAGUUUGAAGAAGUUGAGUCGUAUUUCGAUCGGAAAAAAGAAAUGUUGCCACCUCCUCAUAUUCUUGGUGAUGGUAAUCCGUUCUUGCUCUUUCUUUGCAUCACAAUGAUCAUGCAACACAAAACUGAAAUUCUAAAUCGUAAAUUAGAUUUCAACGAGCUCGCAAUAUACUUCGAUAAGCUAGUUAGAAAGCACAGAUUAUGCAAAGUACUACGUAAAGCUCAGAAGCUUUUUAAAGAUUAUUUAAACAUGGGUUGGGAUGCUGAAGACAAGGAUGAUGGCGAAGAAUCGGAGCCGUAGAUCAUUUCACAUGUCGACAUUAUGAGAAAAUAAUCUGUGAUGCAAUAUCUGACUCCCUUUCCAAAGGAAAGAUGAUUCAUUUGCUAAGCUGAAGGCAAUCAACUGAGGCAGUAAAUAAGGCUGACUAAAUUUUUGUUUGUAGUUCAAAAGACUAGAAAAGUUUAGACGUUUCGAAAUGUAUUGGUAAGGUAUUCCUGAAUUCUGCAAGGCACAGAUUGUGGUACCAUCUACAAGUUUUUUGAAACGAUGGACCAAACUUCUCUGUAGAAACAGUGUUGAAAAGCUUUUCUCUCCAGUUUUACCGUGCAUUCAUCAGUUUUUGUAUCAGAAGUUGUGAUAAUUUUUGUACAUAUGAUUUGUAAAUAUCUCGAUACUUUUUAACAUUCCAGAUGUAUAGUAGUGCCUCCUUAUUCUCGAUUAAUACAUAUCGAAAUUUGUUGCAGAUAACAGCAAACGCUGUGUAUAAUACGGUAUUCAAAUAACAUACACAAAUAGAAUGGAAUUUAAUUGAUGAAAUUAUUUAAUAAACUAUUAUUAACGCUAAAUAAAACGCAGUAAUAAAGUAAAUUUGCAUUGUAAAUUAUCAGUAUAUUCUCCUUUCUCGUAAGUAUGAAAGUAAAGAAUACUGAUAUUUUCUACUAACUUUUAGGAGAUGAUUAUGAUAAUGAAAAUAUACUGAUAUCCUAAAAUGAUGUUACUCUGUCAUAAAUAUGUUGUAUAUAAGUACAAUAGCAAUAUUUUCUCUAGUAUUCUAACUCCCAUUAAACUGUACGUGAUAUCAGUGUCAAAAGAUAGCAGAACAGUGAAAUUCAUGCCAGUUCUUCAGAAUACGAUUUGCACUAAAAUAUUAGUUCGAACUUUGCUUGCGUAGUCUGUUGGUAUAAUAACAAUGUAAAGAAGCGCUUAGAUAAUGUUUCUUAACGGCGUACGUGUGCACCUGCGCACUAAUUUAAAAAAAAAUGCACGUUAAAUAAAUAUCUUAUUCCCCGCGUACGCAGAUUUCAGAACGUCAGCAUACGAAACAAUUAUUGUAAUCUAUGCAACGUACCAAUCUGAUAAAAGAAAAAUUUAUGAGAAUUGCAGAUUCUGUAAUUUCAAAAUUGUCCAUUUUUUACUCCACCCCUGAGAAUAAAAAACCACGGAUAAUGUGCUAAAUUAUCGGAUAUGGAGACACGACUGUACUGAAUAUUUUAUUUAUAUACCCGUGUAAUAUAUAUUAACAAAUUUUUGUAUUUAAAGAUCUUCAUCAGAAACUGUUCCCAUAUAUAAUUGUUUAAUAAGUGCUGUAAUAUGGAUUGAGUUAUGAAUGAAGGAUGCUAAUUAUGAUAUUUAUUUUUAAAAUCGACAUGUUUGAAAUGGAUAGUUGCUAGUUAUUAAAAUACAUUGUAGAACAAUGUAAGAAAACAGUUUUUCAUUUAAAAUAAUGCAUUUCAUUUUAAUAUUUCAUAGAUUUAUAAAAUGUAGAAUGUCUUGUAUUUUUUCUGUAGUGAGAUAAAUCUGUGAAAAUGAAUUCACGUGUUAAAUGCGUAAUUUUAUUCUUUAUGUAUUCUGCUGUGCAGAAAAUGAUACUUGUUAAAGGAGUUUUAUGUAUUUAAAUUGUCCACUAUGUUUUUAGAAGUUGGUACGCAUUUUGUGUGAAUGGUUGUAUGAAAGUGUGCCAUUUGUAUUUUAAAGUAAACGACUAAAUGAAAGAAAUAAAAUAAUUUCGAAACGAAA